CGCCGCCGUGGGGAAGGGGGUCUGGCCAUGUCCCGUGGGGUGGCUGAAGGGGUCCCUGCGCCCCCCAAGUGCCCCACGGUUUAUGUCCUGCUUGGGGGGCCCAGCCCCCCCGAGACACUGCGGCUGCUCAGCCUGAGCUCGGAGUCGGGGAUCGUGGCCGACAUCGAGUGGGACGGGGGGGGCACCGAGGGGGGGGACAGUGACCCCAGAGACCCCCCCAGGGACCCCCCCGGGACCCCCCCGCCCUCGGGAACCUGCUACAGCCUCAAGAGCCAACCCCUGCCCCCCUGCCCGGCCCCCCCCGCGGCUCCCCCCUCGUCGCGGGUGCUGUUGCGGCAGCAGCUGAUGCGGGCGCAGGCGCAGGAGCAAGAACGCAGGGAGAAAAGUGGGGGGGGGGCAGCGCCCCCCCCAGCCCAACCCUCCCCCCCCAUCUCCGUGGGGGCCCCCCCGCCUCGAGACCCCCCCUGCGUCCCCCCUGAGGUGCUCAAGGUACAGACUCACCUGGAGAACCCGACGCGAUAUCACCUGCGGGCGGCACAGCGGCAGCAGCUCCGGCGCUUCCUGAGCACCCGCGGCCCCCCCAGCCCCCCCGAGGGCCCCCCGAAUCCCGGCACCCAGAUCGAGGCGGUGCUGGAGGAGCUGAUGGGGCUCGAGCCGAGCUGCGAGGAGCCCCUCACCUUCGCCCCCCCUGAGCCCCACACGGCGCCCCACCCUGCACCCCCCCUGGAGGUUUUUACCCCCCCCCGAGGCGGCAGCAGUUCUUGCCCCGCUGAGCUGCCCCACGUCAAGGCCGAGCUCUCAGAAUCGGAGGCGAAGGCGCUGCUGAAGGAGCGUCAGAAGAAAGACAACCACAACCUGAUCGAACGGCGCCGUCGCUUCAACAUCAACGAUCGAAUCAAAGAGUUGGGGACCUUGAUCCCCAAAUCCAGCGACCCGGAGAUGCGGUGGAACAAGGGCUCCAUCCUGAAGGCUUCGGUCGAUUAUAUCCGCAAAUUGCAACGCGAGACCCAACGUUCGCGCGACCUCGAACUGCAGCAGCAGCGUCUCGAGCAGACCCACCGCGGCCUGCAGCUGCGCCUCCAGCCCCGAGCGCAGAGCGUCUACUUCCGGCCCGGCCGUAGCGCCAAGAUGGCGGAGGCGCUGUCAGGCGAGGAGUUCCAGCGCAUGCAGGCGCAGCUGCUGGAGCUACGGAGCGAGAAUUACCGCUUGUCCGAUGAGCUGAGGAAAAACGGGGCCGAGCUGUCGGGGCUGCGGGCCCGAGUGCAGGCGCUCGACAAGGACCUGGCCAGGGCCAACAAGGUGCUGAGCAAGAGCAAGAAGGCACAGGAAGUGGAGGCGCUGCUGGGGGAGACGCGGAUGCUGCAGGGGAAGCUCCAGAGCCAGGAGGAGGAUUUCCGCCUCCAGAACAGCACUUUGUUGCGCGAGUUGGCCAAGUUGUGUGCGCAGAUCGAAGGGUUGGAGGAUGAGAACCGGCGCCUGCGGGAAAGGGGGGGCCCAGGACCCCCCCAGAUCCCCCCGGAGCCCCCCCAGGACAGGGCCGGCAGAGAUAAUGGGGACCUCUCUGUCCCCAUAGAAGCCCCCCCUGAGCCCCCCCAGGAGCAGCCGCCGACAGAGGGGGGAGCGGGGGGCGAUGCUGCCCUCGGGGACCCCCCGAAUCCUACCAGCCAGCCCCAAGUGGUGCAGCUCCAGGCGGAAGUGUACGAGCUGACGGUGAAGCUGCAGGAGCAGCAGGCGAGUUUUGCGCAGCUGCAGGCGGAGAAGGACGCGCUGCUCGCCCAGAGCCGGGCGCAGGAGCUGCGGCUGCAGGAGCUGCAGGAGCUGACGGAGCACAACCGGCGGCUGCAGCUGCAGCUGGAGGCGGCCGACAAGGCACAGCGGGGGCUGCGGGAGCGCCUCGAGGCGCAGGCGCAGGAGCUGCAGCAGAGCCGCGCGCAGCACGAGGCCCUCGAGGCGCAGCUGCAGGUGCGCUCGCGGGAGGCUGAGGAGCUGCGGGGGCGCCUGGCGGAGGCCGAGGCCGAGCGGGACGGCAGCGAGCGGCGACGCCGGGAGGCACGGGAGGAGGCGGCGGCGGCGCGGGAGGACGGCGAGAGGCUGCAGGGGCGCCUCAAGGAGCUGCAGGCGACGCUGGAUGAGGCCGAGCGGCAGCGGCAGUGGUUGGAGGGCGAGGGGAGCGCCCUGCGCCAGGAGCUGAAGGACGUGCGGGAUGGGCAGCGCAUCCUGGAGAAGAAAGGCAGCGCGGCACUGAAGGACCUGAAGCGGCAGCUGCAGCUGGAGCGGCGCCGCGGCGAUCGCAUGCAGGAGCGGCUGCAGGAGCUGCUGGCGCCCAACCGCAACCGUAGCGGACUGGAAGAGCUUGGGCUCGAGGGGGGUGACAGCAGCAGCCUCUCGUCCCUUGGCCGCGAUGGCUCUGCGCCCGGCAGCACCAAGUCGGGCUCGGGCAGCCCCGGGGGGGGCAGCGGGGGGGCUCCGGCGGGGCUCUCUCCGGCAGAGGUUGCGGAGCUGUUCCAGCGCCUGGCGCAGAGCCAGCAGGAGCGGUGGCUGCUGGAGGAGAAGGUCCGGCACUUGGAGCUCAGCGGUGCCUCCAUGGCCGAUGAUCUCUGCCGCAAAAGCGCCAUCAUCCAAAGCUUUGUGCGCGACACCCGCCUUGAGGCGGCGGCGCCCCCCGCUGCCCCCCGUCGCGGCGAGGAGGGGCUGCGCGAGAUGAACAAGAAACUGCAAAACCUGCUGGAGGAGCAGCUGACCAAGAACCUGAGCCUGGGCCGGGACCUGGAGGCGCUGACCGAGGAGCUGUCGCGGCUGCGGCAGGAGCGGGGGGGGGCGGCGCCGUGAGGGGCGGGGCUUGUCCUGAGGCCCCGCCCCCCGCGCUCUGACCCCUCCCUACCCACCCCCCGCAUGCCUCUUUUUUCGCCCUUAAAUAAACCCGAUUCAAACGCUU